AUGGGUCCCAGUUCAUCCAGCGGUUUUAACCAAGGACCAUCCAGUGGUUCUAGCAAUGGCGGUGGUUCGGAUUCAUUGAUGGCAAAGGUUUCACAGAAAUUGGGUGACCUGUCACUUAAAAAAAAUCGAUUACUAGGUGAUGGACUUUACGAGAGAUAUUCUUUACCCGCAUCAAGAACCCAUUCUCAUGAGACUACCCAUCUGGCAACACCUCCAGCUAGUCUAGCUACGACGGGUUAUUCAAGUACUGCGCAAAGUAAUCUGGCCAGCGGAGGUGCAACUGCAGGUGCUGUGCCGGGUUCACCAUCAUCUACUGGAAAAUCUUUCUUGAUUUCGUCAUCACCAGUAAGAAAGUCACCAUUGGCCUCCCCAAGUAUGCUACCCCAAUACGACCGAUUGCCAACAGUUAGCACUGGCAGCUCACUGACAUCAGGUGCAGCCAAAAAUAAGGACACAACUCAAUUGCCAGGAAGUCAGCCAACUCAAGCUGACUCGUCACAGCAAUCGGGUCAAGCGCUAACUGAACCAGCUGCCAAACCACCGACCAAAACCAGACCCAGUGCGUCUUUCUUAACAUCAGUCGGCAGCGUUAAUUCCGGGAACGGCAGCGGCGGACAAGGGGAUUUGUCAAAUACUACCAGCAGGAGUAGCGAUGCUGGGUCCGAGUCUGUCUCACAUUCAGCUUCGCCGUCACCCAUAAGUACAACUUUUGGCAGCAACCCGGCAAAUGCCACUGCUGCUAGCCCAUCGCAUAAGGCUAAGUUUGAUCUGUCUACUGAUAUUUCAAGGGAGUCAUCUAAUGACGAUUCCUCUCCCAGUCUUAGUGCUUUCCCAUCUCCAGAUAGGGAUGACCCGUAUGCUCGUAGUAAGAGACCGCCGCAGGUUGUAAAUCCAAAGCAAAUUGCCCCUCGAUUUGUAUUUUCCAAAAAGAAGGGUCAUAAAUCGAAUAGUUCUUUGAAGUCUCUUGGAGGGGGAAGUUCGGGUAGUCCUGCUAGUGGGGGUCAUCAUUCCAGUUCAAUCAGAACUGUCAUUGGCCAUACAAUUAGCCACAAUAGCUCCACAGGAGGCAACGGUAGUGGGGAUGAAUCUGGUGGUCUCCAUAAAUCUCAUGGUUCUAUGCUGGAGCUUAAACGAUUUUUUAAGCCUAGUAGAAAACACAAGUCAUCAAGUAAGUCCGGUUCUUCUUUAAAGAGUGGGAGUACUAGUAGUUCUCUUCGACACAAUGACUCAUCAGCCACACUUGAUAAAACUAUCCCUUUUAUGGAGGAAGGAUUUAAGAAAUAUGGUAAAUUGGGUAGGGUACUUGGGUCUGGAGCCGGCGGUUCAGUCAGAUUAAUGAAGAGAUCCUCUGAUGGAACAGUAUUUGCAGUGAAGGAGUUCCGAUUGCGUCAUGCGAAUGAAACUGAAAGGGAAUACUCCAAGAAGGUCACUGCUGAGUUUUGCAUUGGUUCCACUCUUCACCAUCCAAACGUCAUUGAAACUUUGGAUAUAAUUCAUGAAGAAGGGCGUUAUUACGAGGUGAUGGAAUAUUGCCCUUAUGACUUUUUCGCUAUAGUUAUGUCCGGCAAGAUGUCCACAAACGAAAUUGGCUGUUGCUUCAAACAAAUUCUUAGCGGUGUUCAGUAUCUCCACGAGAUGGGUUUGGCGCACCGCGAUUUGAAACUUGAUAAUUGCGUUGUUACUGAGAGUGGUCUGGUAAAGCUGAUUGAUUUUGGUAGUUCAAGUGUGUUUAGAUAUCCUUUUGAGGCAGAUAUUGUUCUUGCUCAUGGCGUAGUGGGAUCUGAUCCUUAUUUGGCACCUGAAGUACUCUCUAGGAAAGAUUAUGACCCACGGCCAGCGGAUAUCUGGUCAUGCGCGAUUAUAUUUUGUUGUAUGACUCUUCGUAGAUUCCCAUGGAAGGCCCCCCAUCACAAUGAUAACUCGUAUAGACUGUUUUCAUCUAAACCAGACGGGCCGGUUGGGCCAAAUGGUGAGCCACUGAUUCCUGUUGAAAACAGAAGGACCCAUGCAAGUAGCAGUUCGAGCAGCACUGGCACAAGCUCAAAUAGCCGUCAUACUACUAAUGCGGCAACUGGCUCCAAUAAUAAUGGUCCAAGUGACACCAUUACAAGUUCUAGUUCCAGUUCUGGGGUUGGAGCUGGUCAGAGUACGGCAAAGACCGCACCUCAUGGUGCUGGAAGUGCAUCUCAUGGUCCUGUUAUCACCUCACCGUCCACAAAUGCAUCUAAUGCUACCAGUGGUAUUGUCGAUAUCUUAAAUGCCAACACACAGCCACAACAGUCUGUAGUCGGUAACGCAGUUGCAUCUGGGGAUCAUCUUCCUAAGAGGACAACGCCAUCUCGUUCCAAUACAGGCUCCUCUUUGGAAGGACCACCCCCACCUCCAGUUAUCAAGGGCCCAUGGAGAUUAUUGCGCCUACUUCAUCACGACAGCAGACCUAUUAUUGGGCAUAUGCUGAAAAUCGACCCCAAGAAGAGAGCUACUCUAGAAGAUAUCAUGGCAGACCCUUGGGUCCAGUCACUACAGUAUUGUACAAUUGGCAAGAAUGGUGAAUUUAUUAAAGCUACUAAUCAUGAACAUACAUUUGUUCCACCUGAACAAGCUCAUCUUGAAGCAUACAAGAAAUGA